UGACGUCAGACCAUGCUGCUAUGCGUACCAGUCGCAAGGAAAGCAGUGGUGGCGUCGUGGCUGGCAGGCCUCCUGGCACAGCACCAAGGCAAGCAGCCAUGGCCGAGGGAGCAGACGGGGCGGGAAGGGCAGAAGCGGGUCGAGGUAUCAGUGUGCUGCAUUCGCAAGCUCUGCUCUCCCUCAUGGGUGGGGAGUGUUUGCAGAUACUGCGUUGCGGGAUCUGCAUGGAGUUUUUCAGCAUCCCAAUCGUGCUUCCUUGUGGCCAUACAUUUUGUCUUCAUUGUCUGACGGAAAUGUGCAAACACGCUUCGCGGGGAGGUGUUCUCAGCCCACGGCAGGAGCUUCUGAUUGGCUGUCCCAACUGCCGUGUGCAGAUUUUCGCCCAACCCAUUCUCGAGCGGAACGUCACGUGUAACUUUAUCAUUCAAUCAUUGGUCGAGACGCUGCGAAACAGGAGGAUACCAGAAAGGCACGAAAUCAGCAUAAACACGGAGCGCUCCCACGUGGGGCCCUGGGUGCGAACAGUGAGCCAUGAAGAACUAUCUGGCGUCCUGAAAGACAUGGACCGCUUGGCCAGCGCCGUGUCGUCACGCUCUGUGGUGGACGAUGCCUUCUUUGAGAUAGAAAAUCUGCGCCACGAAUACCUUUCUCAACAUCCCACCGGGUCAACAAGCAGCACGGCAAAACUGGAUCACGGACACAACGCGUCUGUUACUUCCAACCUGCUCAGAGUACCGAACAGUUCUUCCAAUGUGCACACACAAGGGACAUCGGCCAAGAAUCUGUGCGGUUCUGCUGUCAAAACCUACGCCUCAACCUUAUAUUCUUGGCCUUCGACGACGGGUUUACCGUACACAUCCUCAUUACAAAGCACAACUUCACAGUCCGGAAAUACGUCACUUCGGGACAGGAAUGGAAAUAACGCUCAAAUGGCAAAUGGCCGAGUAAUUUCCCCUGAAAGAAAGCAAGUAGUUCAACGGGGAGAGUCUCUGUCUUUAAAGGGUGACCCACUCGUUAACUCUUGCAGACAAAGUGUUGUAGCACACUACCACAGACCACUAGCGUUAGGCCUUAGUCUCGAUCAACAUUCUACUUCCAGACACUUGACGAAGAGAGAUGAAGACACCAAAUGUUUUACUUCUAACUCGUAUAUGGUAACAAAAAGGUACUGCGAAUGUGAAAACGGGAAGUCUGGUCUUGAAUAUUUGUUCAAAGAAGAGGUGCACAAAAGUCGCAAAGGUUCGCCUGUUUUGACCGCACGUCCACAAGAAAGUUGGAAAUCCUUUACAAAGCUGAUAAAAAGUGCAUACUGCUCACAAGUAAGGAAGAACAAGGAUUCUGUUAAAACAAAAAAUGGACACGAGCAAACACUUGAAUCGUUGGGAACAGCAACUGCUCGCGGAAAACUCAAGGAAGGUGAGAAGAACACAUUGCACUUUCAAUCCUCUGAAAGUCCACGCGCUCUGUCCAAAGGUGGCAGGGAAGAGAGUCUUGAUUCGAGAGGCACAACUGCAGGCGGUGUCUGUGGUGAUCAUCUGUCUAAAUACAAACGGGACGAGGAGAGAGACUCUGUAUCCAGUCCAUAUUCCACAUGUUUCCCUUUUUCUGACUUCACGGUUUCCGUAGAAAGAAGUGAAAGUUGAUGGUGCGUAGUGAUUUGUCUAUGGUUGAUUUAAUUCCAUCCACAGCUUAGCAGACAGCAAAGAUGGACACAGUCCAGAACAAACAUUGCGGACCCAAACUCCAUACGCAAAUUCACAGGAAAAAACAUAUUCGUGAAGGAAAAGUCUAAAGGGACAAACACUAGUCACUCUUUUUACAAAAUCUUCCCCUCUCCACCUUUUACAAUUUUCUCCCUCUCUCUUCUUGUUCGUUCAUCCAUGAAUCUCAUAAGAUUUGCCUUUACUCUGGACUAUUUACGUCUGUGAGUGUACCUCCCUUCACGUUUCCUAUUGAAUGACUGAGGCAAUAUUAAUCCAUGCUUUUCGAAUAUCUCAGCGUUUCUCGAACGUUCGAAAUGACUAUGAUGUCUUAAGUUUUAACUCUGCUUCUUUGUUUCUCUCGUCUGCGUUUCUGAAAUAUAUAUAUAUACCUUUUUCAGACAUUUCUCUUCUGUACAAAAGAAGGAAAAAAACGGAAAUAGACCAGUUUAAAUUGUUGUAUAUUGUUUGUAUGAAAAGAUAACUUGUUGAAGAUAUAUAUACAGUCUAAUACACGUAUACUUUGCUCACUCUCAUGUUAGCUCUGACGGAAUCUGAUGGCACGGUUCACCAGAACAAGUUGUUUAAUGUUUCUGUGCAAAACAGUUUUCAGAGCGAAUGUGGAAUAUAGACUUGCUCUGUUGCCUUGUUGGUAGAUAUCGUUAUUUUUUUUUUUUUAAAUUCAGGGACUUAAACAAAUUCCGUACUGAUUUAGAACUCUUUCAAUUUUGUUUUUGUCCGUGAUAGUGAUUGCCCACAUACCAGUUUGUAAUUUUUCCCUGGAAGAUAAUCAACACGUGGAUAAAUUUAUUUUAGCUGACUGCUGGAUGGCAAUAAAUGACUUGAUUGCAAAA